CGAUGCUCGGGCAGCCCCGCGGCGGCUAUGGCACCAUCAACAUCGCCUGGCAGCCAUCCAUGCGGCGUACCGCUGCCCACAAAAAUUGCCCAGCCAUCUCCAUGAAAUUUGCAGCAUGCAGCCGUCGUGCCAAUCACCCCUGCUGCCGCUAUGAACAUACGCAGACGAAGCCGACGUGUCUAGAAUCGAGCCCUGCGGUCGAGGAGCGCGUCAAUUCGCAUCGCUAAGGGGCUGCCCGGCAUGCCACGAUGCGCCUGAUGCUGCGCCUCGCGGCGGCCGCGUGCGGCCACGCCGCACACGUGAAGCCCUACGGCAUCUGCUGGACGCGCAACGAAGCAUCCGAAUCACAUCCUUCGUUGAAUCUGGGCAACCUGCUGCGGUCCGCGACGUCCGCGCGCCGCGCGUCGGAGGGCAAGGUCCCCCUCUGCCUCUUCACGAACCUCGACGAGACCACUAUAAUGAAUGAGGCCCUUACGAAAUACGGGAACGAGUCCAAACAUCUCUUCGACGCCGUCCUGCAGGACUCGCUCGCGACGUACGUUCCAAAAACGGGCGCCGAAGCUUUGCUCCUCUGGCCCACAACACAAUACAAAGUGAUACGGUCGCGCGUCGGGCGUUUACUGAAUUUAGCAAGGGCGCCCUACGAGAUGACCCUCUUCGUCGACGACGACACGUACUUUUGUGCGCCUCAUGGCCCCGACGGUUUAUUCAACUCAAUAAAGUGGCUCCACGAUACGAGGGAGAGACAUACGCUACGCGCGCAAGUUUUUGGACAUAAUGGAGGAGGCAAGGAGUGCAUCUGGCACAAGGUCCUACACGAGAACGCGUCGUUCUCCUCAUCAUUAGAAGGCGACUGCAACGAUCAGGGACUCGAAAACAAAUGCCUUGGAGAGAGGGGCAUCCAGGGCGGCGCCUUGGCCGUCACGCGCAACUCCACUCUGACGAAACUCGUCGACGAGUGGGUGGACACUUUUCUCUUCGAGCAUACUUGUGUUUUGGGCCUCAAUGAGACGUCGGAGUGCCGCUCGUACAUUAGGGCAAGGGAGAAGCACGAAAAUAAAAUAGGUAUGCAGGGCGGGACUCUUGGUGAUCAGCUGUGUGGAAAUCAAUCAGUCCGUAGGGUGCAUGCUGGCUCCGUCGAGCGGUGAGGAACCGGCAUCGCCACGCCAUCGAGCAGGCAUCGCGUCGAUGGCGUGGAGGACGACGCGAACACGCCGUAAAAUUUUGAUUUCCACACAGGCGACCAGGGCGCCUUCCGGGCCAUCGCGGAGCAGCGCUGCCGCCGCAAUGCGUCAGGAGACUGGUCGUUGGGGACCUUACCGAGAGCGUUCAACGUCCGCGAGAUCCAUCCUGCCCGCGAUUCCUUGGAUGACGUCGCGAAGCAUUUACGGAAGCAGCACACGGCGGUCGUCGAUUGUAGGCAUGACCCGCAGGACAUUACCCUCUUCGGGCCCAUGUUGAUGAUUCACUCGAAGCAUUAUCUGAAUGACCUGAGAGAUGACGCGUUGAUCGAGGAGACCUGUGAGUUAGCUAAUCGCCCCGUGCGCAAGGGGGGCAUCGCCUGGCGCGGGUCCAAGGACGAUAAUUAUAUGUGUAGUUAA